AUGGUGUUGCCGUCUGCGGGUUUCGCAUCGUUAUUCGCAAGAAGCAGGACAACCACAAAAUGGAGUUGUGGAUCAUCAAGGCGGUAUCUCUCAAGCUCGCCUCAGCAUGACCCUCUGCGUGUGCUCUUCUGUGGCGCGGAUGAGUUCAGCAUAUAUUCGCUGAGGGCAUUGAACAAGAUCAGAAAAGAGAAUCCCGACAAAGUAGCCUCCAUCGAUGUGGUCUGUAGAAAGGACAAGCGCGUUGGUCGAGGAUUGAAGCAGAUUCGUGAAGCUAACACUGUAUUCAUCCAGCNNUUGCCUGGUCCGGCACCACUGCAUCACACAUUACUGCGACGACUUAGUAAAACUGGCGUCACUCUACAAACACUACAUCCCAAGCAUUUCGACCAGGGCAGGAUAAUCGAUCAGACUUCUUCUUCCGGACUCUCUAUCCCAGAAGAAAAAUCAGCCACUCUAGACUCACUACUGGCGUGGAUUGGACCGAUCGGUGCUGAUAUGCUCUACAAAAAUGUCAUGAACGGCAGCUUCGCCACAGACACCGAAAUUAAGCCUGCAACCAGCCGAAGCCUCAAGAAUACAAAGAGCGAUUUGUUCGGUCAACUGGAUGGAUCGGCUGAGUAUCCUCGCCAUGCCAGAAAGGUCAUACCCGAAGACCGACACGUCAACUUCCGCUGGCCGUCUUCUGAAAUACUUCUCAGAGAUCGUGUGCUUGGCCGCCUGUUCGCACCAGAUACAAGUCUUGCGCCCUCGAAACGAAUCACUUUCCAUAGAUUCCAGGACACAACCGAUGCUUGCUGGGAACAAGUUCAAGUCAAGGGACCGAUCCUCCGAAUGGGCAACCAUCCUCUUGAUCCUGGUGCUAUCUCAAUUUUCAGACACGAUAGGGAGAAGCGCAUAUUCUUCCGCACCAAGGAUGGCUGGGUCAGCCCGACAGAAGUCACCAUCGAAGGCAAUCCCAAACAGAAGGCGACGGUCAUCUACGACAAAUUGAGGCAGACGAUGCCAGUGACUUGCUGCUAG